GCCACCUGACUUGCUCUUAGGGAGUAGUGCUUCAUUCAUAGCUAUUUCUCGAAGGCUUUACGCUAUCCACUCAACUGACAGCGAGAGCCAGCCGAGCCAAUAGCUCAAGCGCCUCAGCAGUCCAGCCUAGUCCAGUCCGACGUGCAUCCGUCUCUUCGCUUCAACCUCAUCUAGGUCGUUCCUCCCUCUCAUACAUCACCUCUACAACGAGCGUUCGUCUCUUUGCUGAGACAAGUUCAGCCCAAGUCUCAUAUCUACACAAUGUCUGGAAGUGCUAAGCAGCUGCAGUUCAAGCUGGUCUUGUUGGGAGAGUCGGCAGUGGGCAAGUCGAGUCUGGUGCUGAGGUUCGUUAAGGAUCAAUUUGAUGACUACAGAGAAUCAACCAUCGGAGCUGCUUUCUUGACACAGACCGUGAAGCUCGAUGAUCAAACGACGGUCAAGUUCGAGAUCUGGGACACUGCUGGACAGGAGCGGUACAAGUCUCUGGCUCCUAUGUACUACCGCAACGCCCACUGUGCCGUAGUGGUGUACGAUGUGACCCAACCCCAGUCGUUGGAGAAGGCCAAGUCGUGGAUCAAGGAGCUGCAGAGGCAGGCAGACCCGAAUAUUGUCAUUGCCCUAGCCGGCAACAAGGUGGAUCUGGCUGCCACAAGGAGGGGAGUUCCCAAGGAGGAUGCACAACGUUACGCAGAAGAAGAGAAGCUUCUCUUCCUCGAGACAUCGGCAAAGGACUCGUCCAACGUCUCUGAGCUCUUCACCAUGAUCGCACGCAAGCUGCCUCUAGAACAGGCAAGUAACAGCGCCGCGGCUGGAGGAGUAGGGGGAGCUGCACAGAGGAGAGGAGCUGGCUCGGCGGGUAGGCAAGGCGGUGGAGUGGACCUGCGGGGCAACCAGGGCGCAUCUGGGAAUCAGGACGCUUGUAAUUGUUGAGAGCGGGCUGCUGGUUUGCGCCGACUAUUUGUCUGCUGUGGGUCCCCUUCCGGUCGUGUUAGUAUAAUUCCCUUGAGUCUUCUGUGGUUCCCUACGGCUUGUUCUCCUUAGCGCUCGCUUCUCUCGUACGACCUUUUACAUAUAACGCCUUUCGCUCCGGA